GUGGUGCGGCUGCGCGGUGCGCCAAACAAGUUUUGGCUUUGGUUGAAUACUUUUCUGUUCAUGUGAGUAAUAUGACGGUGUAACGGACUUAUGUUUGGUGCAAAUAUAACGAAUAUUUAUGAUAAUAUUACAUCGAGAUCAAAGAAGUAUCUUUUAUCUUGAAAGCGAAGUGACGGUGUUAUAUUUUCAGAAUCGUUUUUAUAGAAAACGAUACAAAGGCAAGCAUUUCCAUGGGCGUUAACUUCAGGCCCAUGUAAACUGUAAGACUGAACUAUGAAUCUCAUAGUUAGGCAUUUAAUAUCGAUAUCAAUAAUACAAUCAUGUCUCUCACAAGACUAUGCUACACCAACAUACAAUCCAGAUAAUCAAGUAAACCCUACAAAUGACAACCUGAACACUUAUGACCCAAUAAGAUAUGACAAUCCAUAUGAUCCAAAUAGAAGAGUUUCGAACAGAAAUCAAUAUGAUGUGAACCAGUAUGAUACAAGUAGAAACACAUAUAAUACGGAUCAAAGGUAUAAUCAGUACGACAAUAGGAAUGAUCCAGGGUAUGUGAACCGGUAUGGGUCAGAAAACACUGAGAAUUCUGAGAACACUCCUAGGCCAUCGUGGGGCAGUGGACGUACUUAUGGCACCUCUUAUAAGACUGCUGAGCUGGAACAUGACAGUGUUAUUAUUAAUGAAGCAACAUAUUUCAUAGUAGCAUCCCGUAUGGUCAGGCCGGGCCAAAUCUACAAGAUAUCAGCAAACAUACUAAGGGCUCGGCUCCAGAUGACCAUCAGAGCUUCCAUAUCUUGUAACGGGGUAGAAAUCGCUGACGUCAUUGAAAAGGUUAAAGAAGGAGUGCCUGAGGUUUUGAAUAUGAGAGUCCCUGCAACUACAGUACCGGGGGAUUACAAGCUGCGAGUGGAAGGCUUGUUCCUGGACGACCCGUUCGGUGGAAGAGCGUUUGUCAACGAGACGCAGCUCACAUUCUCCAAGCGCUUCAUGACCAUCUUCAUACAGAUGGACAAGCCCGUUUAUAUGCAGAGUCAGACUGUGAAGUUCCGCGUGAUUCCAAUAAACACCGCGCUGAAGGCCUUCGGGAGAUCCAUCGACGUGUUCAUCCUCGACCCCAACAGGCGCAUCAUGAAGCGGUGGCUUUCCAGACAGAGCAACUUCGGCACAGUGAGUCUCCAGUACCCGCUGUCGGACCAGCCGCUGUUCGGCGAGUGGAUCGUGCGAGUGGAGGCGCUCGGGCAGGUGGAAGAGGCUCAGUUCCUCGUUGAAGAGUACUACCAGACCAGAUUCGAGGUCAACGUAACAAUGCCAGCGUUCUUCUUCAACACGGACCAGUACAUCCACGGCCGCAUCAUGGCCAACUACACGUCGGGCGCGCCCGUGCACGGCAACCUCACCCUGCGCGCGACGCUGCGCCCCAUACCGCAGUACCGGCCGCGCCACUACCAGCAGGGCCAGUUCAACAACCGAGGACCUUACGGAUCCGUACUCACGGACCAGUAUACAAGAGUGCGUCCAAACUACAACCCCUACCUAUACAACGAGUCGGGCCACCCAGCCUACGAGUACACGGGAGCGGUGGACGAGUACGGGCGCCCCACCAGCUACCGGCCCGGCCAGCCCAACCAGCUGGACCAGCCCGACUGGUGGUACGACCCGCAAAAGGUUUACACCAGGAUGUUCAACUUUGAUGAAAAAUAUCCGUUCUGGAUGCCGAAGCCGGACCCGAUCGAGUUCGCCAACCAACAGAACCAGCAGAACCAACAGAACCAACCAAACCAGAACAACUACAACACAUACAGCACGGCCACGGCCUACAACUACUACAACCAUUAUUAUGACCAAUUGCCGUAUCUGAGAUUUUUCAAUGGCACAUACGACUUCAAGUAUCCCAUGUCGGAACUAGCCCAGCUAGUGCCCACGCUGGAUGGCGUGGAGGUUAUCAUUACGGCGUCAGUGGGCGACCCGUUUCUGGACGAAGUGAUCGAAGGCUACAGCAUCGCAAGGAUCUUCAACUCCUCGCUGGCCGUCCACUUCCUCGGAGGGGAGCUACAGGUGUUCAAGCCUGCAAUGCCGUUUGAUGUUUAUAUGGUGGUAUCGUAUCACGACGGGUCGCGCUUGCCCGCGUGGCAGGCGGCCGGCGUGGCGCUCACUGUCACGGGCCAGUUGGAGGGCCGCGGCGGCGCGCUGGAGCCGCAAAGGCCCAGUCUAGUGCCCGGACAUGAUGCCGUGUGGCAUCUCAAACUGGACCUUUAUAAGCUUCUUAAGCUAGAAAACGACCCUAACUACCGUGAGGUGCUGAACAGCAUAACAGGCUUGCGUCUGUCGGCGACGCUCGGGGACGCGCUGGGCGGCCGCGCCGGUGCCGACGUGCACCUCGUGGCGCACGAGAGCCCCAACCACCACCAUCUGCGGGUCUCCACCUCUACCACCGAUGCCAGGGUGGGCGAAUACGUUGUAUUCCACGUGCAAAGUAACUUCUACAUGGAGUCAUUCAGCUACGUCAUUAUGUCCAAAGGCAUUAUCCUAACCAGCGGCCAAGAAAUAAUGCAGGAAGGCGUGCGCACGUUCUCGGCGGUGGUGUCGGCGGAGAUGGCGCCCGUGGCCACGCUGCUGGUGUGGGCGCACCGCCGCCGCGCGCACGUGCUCGCCGACUCGCUCACCUUCCCCGUCAACGGCAUCAGCACCAACAACUUCACCGUGCACGUCAACAAUCGCAAGCACCGCACGGGCGAGCGCGUGGAGGUGGCCAUCUACGGCGAGCCCGGCGCGUACGUCGGCCUGUCCGCCAUCGACCACGCCUUCUACACCAUGCAGGCCGGCAACGAGCUCACAUACGCCAAGGUGAUAUCGAAAAUGUCGCACUUCGACGAGUCAACGAACGGGACAUUCGCGUACACGUGGCGCUCGCACUUCGGCGACGCGGACGAACUGGUCUACUUCCCCUCGCCGAGCUUCGGUAUCGACGCCAAUCGGACUUUCGAAUACGCGGGUCUGAUAGUGCUGUCGGACGUGGCGGUGUACCGGCGCUACUCGAUGUGCAACGAGUCGCUGGGGCUGGCCGAGUGCCUGGACGGCACGUGCUACCCCGCCGACAAGCGCUGCGACGGCGCGCCCGACUGCUCGGACCGCACCGACGAGUCCAACUGCAAGCACGACGAUUCGUUCGAGCUGGCCCACUUCCGCAAGUUCCGCUUCAACCGCAUCCAGCGCCAGUACGACAACGUGUGGAUGUGGCGCGACGUCAACAUCGGGCCGCACGGCCGCUACGUGUUCACGCUGGACGUGCCCGCCGCGCCCGCGCACUGGACCAUCUCCGCCGUGGCCAUGUCGCCCGGCGCCGGCCUGGGCAUGCUGGCGAGGCCACUCAAUUACGUAGGGAUCUUGCCGUUCUUCAUCAAGGUGGAAGGGCCGGACCGCUGCCGGCAGGGCGAGCAGCUGGGGCUGCGCGUGGCCGUGUUCAACUACCAGCCGCAAGCCAUCGAGGCGGUCGUCGUGCUCGCCUCCUCGCCCGACUACAAGUUCGUGCACGUCGAAGAGAACGGCAUUGUUCGGUCCUACAACCCCCGCACGUCGUUCGGCGAGCACCAGUUCUUCGUGUACAUCCUGGCGGGAGAUGCGGCCACCGUGCACAUCCCCGUGGUGGCCGCGCGGCUGGGCCGCAUCCGCGUCGACAUCGUGGCCUCCACGCUGCAGGGCCAGCACCGCGUCUCCAAGCAUAUCGAAGUCGAGGCCGACGGGAUACCUCAGUACCGUCACCAGUCCGUCCUUCUCGAUCUUUCGAAUCGUGCCUAUGUGUUCCAGUACAUGCACGUCAAUGUGACAGAGACACCCAUAAUACCGUACGAGGUCGAUCGGUACUAUGUAUUCGGAUCGAACAAGGCGAGAAUAUCUAUAGUGGGGGAUGUGGUCGGACCACUUUUCCCAACCAUGCCUGUUAACGCCACAAGCCUUCUGGAUUUACCUAUGGAUUCAGCGGAACAGAACAUGUUCAGUUUCGCGGCCAACAUGUACCUCACUCUGUACAUGCGUCUCAUCAACCAGCGCAACCGGACCUUGGAGCACGACGCGUUCUACCACAUGAACGUGCUCUACCAGCGACAACUGUCAUACAUGAAACCCGAUGGAUCCUUCAGCCUCUUCCGCAGCGACUGGAAUCAGUCGUCAUCUAGCGUGUGGCUGACGUCAUUCUGCGCUAAAAUAUUCCAAGACGCUUCAUUCAACGAGUGGGAGAACUACAUCUACAUUGACCCGAAUGUGAUUUCAAUGGCGGUAUCGUGGGUAUUGGAGCACCAGCGGCCCGAAGGCUCGUUCUACGAGGUGACGUGGUCGCCCGACCGCAACGCCAACGACACCAUCGCCGUGCCCAUGGACUCGCAGGUGUACCGGGAGGCGGCCUCUCAGCUCAAAGGGCAGAAGGUCAACAACACGUUAAUACUGGAGCGGAACAUCACGCUGACGGCGCAGGUCGUGAUAACGCUCGAGUCCGUCAAGAACCUUAAGGACAUUGGUAUCCUCGAGGGUCUGAGCGCGCGCGUGGCCACGGCGCAGCAGCGCGGCGUGUCGUGGCUGGAGCGGCACCUGCAGCUGCUGCACGAGUUCGGCGAGCCGCUCGCGCUGGCGCUCGUCACGCACGCGCUCGGCGCCGCCAAGGCGCCCAGCGCCGAGACCGCCUUCCGCCUGCUCAAGCGCCACCAGCGCAGCGAGGGCGGCCUGGUGUACUGGGGCAAGCGCGCCGUGCCGCCGCCGCCCUACAAGAUGGAGAACCAGAAGCCCUUCCUGCUGCCGCGCCUGCCCUACGUCUACGACUCCAACAACGUGGCCGCCACGGCCUACGCGCUGCUCGCGUGCAUGGACCACCAGGACAACAAUGAACCGAUUGUCAUGUGGCUCAACUCACAGCGCCUCAAAGAUGGCGGAUGGGCUUCCACGCAGGAUACGUACAUAGCAUUGCGUGCGUUGAUCGAGUACACGAACCGCAAACGGUUGCGUGACGUCAGCGCUCUGGCGGUGAGCGUGGACGCGGUGGCGCUGCACGGCGCCACGCGCCAGCUGCGCGUGCGCAACGACAACCUCGCCACCAUGCAGAGCAUCGACAUCCCAGAAGCGUGGGGAACAGUAAAGGUCACAGCCCGCGGCGCGGGGUACGCCAUACUGCAGAUGUCCGUGCAGUACAACGUGGACAUCGCGCGCUUCCAGACCGCGCCGCCCGCGCCCUGCUUUGACCUGCUCGCCAGCGCGCACUACCAUGGCAGGAAUCAGUCGCACAUCCGCUACCAGACCUGCGCCAGCUGGACAAUGACGGACGAGUCGCCGCGGUCGGGGCUGGCCGUGCUGGAGGUGGGCAUCCCCACGGGCUACAUGAUCCAGCAGCAGCGGCUGGACUCGUACGUGCUGUCGCGCGCCGUGCGCACGCUGCAGCGCGCCAAGUACCAGCCCGACAAACUGCUGUUCUACUUCGACUAUGUGAGUAUUUGCAGCUGGACAAUGACGGACGAGUCGCCGCGGUCGGGGCUGGCCGUGCUGGAGGUGGGCAUCCCCACGGGCUACAUGAUCCAGCAGCAGCGGCUGGACUCGUACGUGCUGUCGCGCGCCGUGCGCACGCUGCAGCGCGCCAAGUACCAGCCCGACAAACUGCUGUUCUACUUCGACUAUCUGGAGCGCGAGCGCACGUGUGUGAACUUUACGAUCGAGCGCUGGUACCCCGUGGCCAACAUGUCGCGCUACCUGCCCAUACGCGUCUACGACUACUACGCGCCCGAGCGAUUCAACGAAACGAUAUUCGACGCGCUUCCCACAUACCUUCUCAACAUCUGCGAGGUAUGUGGCUCGUCGCAGUGCCCCUACUGCGCCAUAUACAACGCUGCGGCCCGCCUGCCGAUACCUUUACUCUUGCUGGCGGCCACUUGCGUCAUCCUACUGCGGAACAUUCGCCAAUACGACACGUAGCAGCGGUGUCUUUGCUGUACAAUCGUAUAAGUUAACGCCACGUCACCAAAGUUGAAACUGCACAUCUACUCAACAUUUGAGAGCUGUGCGAGGUGCGUGUAUUACGCCAUUUACAAAGUCAAAGUACGCUCUACAAAUCUCACCCUUAGACUGACGUUGUUGUUGUUCAUCUACGUGCAAGUGAUCCUGUUAAGGUAAUAUCAAACGAUUCAUUCUAGUGAUGCACACACAGAUAUCAUUCAUUCACUCUUUGUCUCAUGUCGUCUAACGAAGUUGUGUGCCUCGGAAUCUGUUUGAAAUGUUAUCAUUUAUCUUAGAAUAGAUUCAAAAUAAGCAAAGAAACUGCGAAAGCAGGAGCGUGUUUUGUUUGUUCCAAUUGUAUUCCAAUACCAUUUUGUCAUAUACACAGAUAGAAUAUGAUAUUAUUGUUACUAUAGCGGAAGGACAACACUGCGUAUGUUGUCCUUCUGCUACAGGACGCAAAAUGGCCGAAAUCGAGUGAACGUUCUCUAUGUGUUCAGAUGUUUUAUUUUACGUUCAUUCACAUCCCUAGUGAAAGAUGCGAAUGUCGAAAUCCAACGGCGUAUUCUUCUGAUUUAUUUGGUGUUCUGACGCUUCAUUUCGAGUGAAGAAUGUCGAAUGAAACACAAAAAUGAACAGAAAAUGAACCGUCUGACAUCCCUUUUAUGGCCUGUUGUAUUGAGCUGACCUUUUGUGACCAAAUUCCACACAAAAAUAACAUUUUUGUCUUGGACCACGGCCAUGGCUUUUUAUGGCAACAACUCAAAUAAACCCAUAACUUUUGCUACUUUUAUAUUAUAUUUUAAUGUGUAUCUUUAAUUUUUUUAAUGUCUAAAUUGACAAUAACCACAGUUUCCAUAGGUAGAUAAAUAAAUAAAAAAUAUAAAAUCAUGUUAUAUUUUUAGGGCAGCUAAAAAUGUACCAAGUCGUUUUGGAUUUAUUUUGUGCUCUAGCGCAAAAGACUUUAAGGCUAAUAACUAUUGCUUAAUUUUCGGUAUGAUGGGGCAUGAAUUUCUUAACCGCUAGUCUGUCUCUUUAUUUCUUACCGAUUCCUAAAUUUUUUUUUUAUUUAGAUUUUUUUAUUUAAAAUUAAAACCGACUAACACACACACACACACACACACACAGAGAUUUUUUUGAUUUAAAAUUAAAACUGAUUUCUAAAUUUCUGGUUACAGCAUUUCUUCAACCUUCUAAAAAUUCUGUAACCAGAAAUUUAGAAUCUGUUGAAUAGGUCAAGGUGUUGCCCACUUUAACUUUCAUGGUCUGUAUUUUAUAGUGCGCGAAGAGCAGUAUACUUUAGUUAUCCUUAGUUGACAUAAAAUAUAAAAAAAUCGCAGACCUUCGCAGAGAAAAGCGUAAGCGACACGAUUUGCACGACGGCGCUUUAGACCUUCUGGAGUAGGUUAUAGCCGCCUACUUACGCGUUUCAGUGAGAUGGCACUUGUUUACCUUUUGUAACAGUUAAGGAAAAAUAGAUUAAACAUAGUAUGUUACUCCCUUAACCAUUCCAGUGUAGUUAGUAUUAUAUUGAGUGUUCAUUUAGGUAACUUUAAACUUUGUACAUUCUGUGUACAAAUAGUGUCUUUAUGUGUGUAUAAAUAAAACAGGUACUAAUUCUGGUAUUUAAUUUAAAAUCACUUGAUUUAAAUUUUAUUAUACAGAACCUUUUAGUAAUUAAUUGCAUUUAUACUAAAAUCUGGCUUGACUUUACUGAUUUAUUGAUUGAUUUUUUUUAUCUUUCUGGUGCUGCUAACAUUUUCUAAUUACCUACAGAACAUUAUAUCCAAAUUCUUUACCCUUGCAGCUGCAUAAGAUGCAUCCUUGCCUCCAAGAUUUUAUAUUAAGGCAAAUUCCAAAUCAUUUUAUAUGUAUAUAUAAAUAUUUUAGUAGUAGUUUUCAUGUAGAAUAAGAAGAGCCUUUUCUGAUAUUUGUGUAUUAGUUCUUGUAUUAUUUUAAUUUUAAUAGGAAAUCCAAUUUUGCAAUAAAUUUUAAAAUAAAAUUGUCAAUCAGAUUGCCUUAUUAGUCGAAGACUUACAGCAAACAAUGUACAAUAUUGAGAAAUUAUAUUUAAAAAUAUUAGAUUUUUAGUAAAAUUAUCGAAAAACGAAAUAUUUACACAUAUUAUUUAAACAUAUCUGCUGUGAAAUAUACAUUUAUUACUUCUAUAUGUACAAAUUUGGCAUGACCGUCCAAAAUAAUAAAAAAGAAAAUGUAUUUAUUUUAAUCAUCACAAUAUUACUAUAGGUAUGGAUAUGAAUGAAUGCUGUAAUGAUGAAUCUCAAAUACAUUAUAAGAGUUUACUUAAUUAGUUUCCGUCCAAAAUUACCAAUGACUGAGUUUUUUUACUUUUCUAUGUAUUAAGUAGAUCUUGUGUGAAAUAUUUUUAUCUAAGUUGUUGUACAACAAAAUGUGGUUAGUGUAAGAGCAGUGAACUCUAAAUAACUCUUCAUAAAGUUCAUAGAUUUAUUUCGAAAUAAAAAAAAUUAUAAAAGAAA